GAGGACAGUACUGUCCCGAGAAUGGCGUUGCAUUUCAGUGUCGCCUUCGCAAAGUUCAUAGACCUGCUUUACUGUACCCUAGUGGCUCUCCCUUUGUCUGCGACGCAUUUCACAGCUCCAACAGUUGGGCGUUCAUAACGCUCCCCCAAGGCCCCCCGCUUCACCGCUCUACCGCCCUGCCACUUUGCCGCUCCGCUGGCGCCGACAAACAACGACCCCCUGAGCGUAUAAAAAGUGCCGGCCGGCGAGCGGUUGUCAUCAGUUUCCAAGCUUUUGGCUUUGUGGAAGAGCGUCUCCCAGCGAACAGUAACCAGAAUCAGCAAGCAAUUUCAGCCAGGCAAAGCAUACAUACGCAUUCUGUCGAAACAACAUUACACCAUCGAAGUAAAUCCCCGAGAGCAGACGAGAUGAGCGAGUUGGCCAAACAGCAGGAGCAGGAUCGGGAGCAGGCUCCCCAGGAGCUGAUCGACUGCGACAUUGACUUUGAGGAGGUGCCCAGGGAGGAGGCGCCCAGGCAGCGGGAGGAGAGAGUGCCGGCCAGGUCCUCGGACAAGCGGUACUCCAAGGCCUUCAAGAAGGUGGUCAAGGUGCAGCGCAUGCUGGAGCAGGCCAUGAUCCUGCUGGCCGAGGAGGAGGCCAGGUGCCAGGAGCAGGGCUCCAAGAAGGGAAAGAAACCGCACAAGAAGCAGGCCAAGAAGGACAAGAAGCAGGCAAAGAAGCAGGCCAAGAAGCAGGCCAAGGAGAGGGAGGAGCAGCAGGAGCAGCAGGGGGCAGGGGAAGAGCCGUCGAACUCCUCCUCCAGCUCCUCCAGUUCCAGCUCGUCCAGUUCCAGUUCCAGUUCGAGCUCCAGCUCCAGCUCCGAGGACGAAGAGGUCAACUUCUACGGCUACGGCUGGGGUCGCAAUCCCUGGCGACGAGGACCACAUGGCCACCAUGGUUUUGGCCACAGGCAUGGUCACGGUAUUGGCCACAAACAUGGCCACAAGCAUGGCAACAAGCAUGGUCAUGGACCGCAUCACCAUGGCCGACAUCGCCGCCACCAUCUGGGACCCCACCACCACUACGGGCACCACCACAUGGGACCCCACUUUGGACCGCCCCACCAUUUUGACUUCGAUCGGAGGUCCUACCAGGGACCUUGGCAGGAUCAGUGCCAGUUUUUUCGGUCGAUGGGCCUGCCGUGGGCCCUGGACAAUCCCGCGGCCUGCCGGAGGAGCCGAUCGCUGCCUAGAUUUGAGCACGACCAUCGUGGAGAUCUCGGACUCGGAUUCGGAUUUGGACCCGGAUACGGACACGGAAAUGGCCACCCGGGUCGACCAUUUGGCCGUCGAGUAGAGAGAUCCCCAUCCCGUUCUGGCUGCCCCAGGAAGUCCCGGGGCAGAAGGUCCAGGUCUACUUCCAGUUCCAGUUCCAGUUCCAGUUCCAGCUCUAGCUCUAGCUCCAGUUCUUCCGAGGAGAAGAAGGACAAAAAGAGGGGCAAGGGCAAGGGCAGGAAGCAGCGCUCCUCCUCCAGCUCUUCUUCGAGCUCCAGCUCCAGUUCGGACAGCCAAGUGCAGAGAAGGCAUGGACCUCCCCAUGGGCACCGUCAUCAUGGAGGUCGCGGCCACCAUCAUGGCCCACACCAUGGCCCACACCAUGGCCCGCACCAUGGGCCACACCAUGGCCCACACCAUGGCCCACACCGUGGCCCACACCAUGGUCCACAUCAUGGUCCACACCAUGGUCCACACCAUGGCCCCCAUCAUUGGUUUGGACAGGAGUUUCCCUUUUCCCAAGGAGAACGUACUGAACGACCACCCCAUGAACACCACGGUAAUCCAGGACAGUCUUUUGGACCACCAGCCGACUUUCUUGGUCGUCGCGGUCGUUCACUAUCCCAGUCCCACUGCCUCAAGGAAAACCGGGAGAGAUCAAAGUCCCGUGGUCAGGAAAAGAACGAGAAGGCCGAGAAUCAAAACUGCUCUGGCAAGGAAAACAGCAAGAAGGGCAAAAAGAAGCACGGAAAACAUGGAAAACAUGGUCAUGGACAUCAUGGACACCAUCGUGGUUAGGCGAUCCCAGCCAGCAAUUUAUACACAAACGAUUCCUUCAAUAUAUCUGUAUAACCUCUUAUAUGUAUUCCUUUCUAAGCACUUUCAAUGAUAUACCCAUAAAAGCUUUAUUAUUAUAUAGAAACAAAAAAAAAAUCAUUUAAAAUUAUAUAUCAACAAAAAAAAGUUAAUAAAACCAAA